AUGAGCACGAACAAUUAUACCACUGCACCUCCCGCCUACCAAGGCGCAUUCGCUGCCCAGAAGCUCUCCACUGUUCGCGCCGAGGAUGAUGCCACUGAACCCUUACUCGGGAGCCCCCGCAGUGCGCAGGCAGGACCCAGCAGUGGUCCGGGAGCCAUCUACAACCAGCCAGCGUUCGGCGAUGUUCCAGAUGAUUUCAAGUAUGGAACGUCUGUAUCGGAGAGUUCGCUCGAGAUCAGGAAUGCAUUCGUGCGCAAGGUGUACACAAUCCUCUUUUGCCAAAUCCUCGCGACUUGCAUCGUAGGUGGCGCUGUUUCGCAUUCGCCAAAUGCCGUUAUCUGGGUUCAGACUCACACCUGGGCCUUCUAUGUUCCACUCAUUGGAACGUUCAUUAACCUGGGCGUGCUUUACUGGAAGCGUCACAGCCACCCCCUGAAUUUGGCGCUCCUCUCGCUGUUCACCCUUUUCGAGGCUUUCACGCUCGGUGUCACGGUCGCAUUCUUUGACAACGUGAUCGUCCUUCAGGCAUUGCUGAUCACACUUGGCGUCUUCCUUGGCUUGACUCUGUUUACCUUCCAAUCCAAAUAUGACUUCUCUGGAAUGGGCUCUUGGCUGUUUGCCGGGCUAAUCGCCAUGGUGAUGACUGGAUUUGUUUCGAUCUUCUUGCCUUUCGGCAGAACGACAGAUCUUAUCUUCGCUGCGGGGGGUUGCCUUCUUUUCAGCGGCUAUGUUGUCUACGACACCUAUAUCAUCACGAAGAGAUUGUCGCCAGAUGAGUAUAUCCUGGCUGCUAUCAGCCUCUACCUUGACUUCAUCAAUCUCUUUAUCAAUAUCCUGCGUCUCCUCAACGACUCGCAAGAUCGCUGA